GACCGCGUCAGCCUUCGGUGGUAGCGGUGGCGGUGCUGGCAAAUCUUCCUCAGUGGAGGAUGAGAGAUACGAAUCGGUAUGGGACGAACGUUUUGACCUGGAAAUAAAAAUAAGUUACUAUUAAAAUAUUAUUAAUUUAUAAUCUGCGUUAGAAUACUACGUAAAGGCUAUUUUAUGGUUUUGAGAACACACAACUAUCUAAUAUUUAUGUAUACACCUACCUCUUGCUCGAGCUCGUCGAUGUCGGCGGCUUGGAUUUUUCUUUUUGUCGAUCACGUCAACCUUCGGCGGUGGCGGCGGCGGUGCCGACGAAUCUUCCUCCGUGGAGGAUGAGAGAUAUAAAUCUUCAGCGUGGGACGAGGGUUUUGACCUGGAAAUAAAAUAAAUAAUGUGCUAUUAAAAUAAUUCAUUUAUAAUUAUAAUUCUCCAUUACUCUAACGUUGUUUUAUUUGAAUAAUGAUUAAUUAUUUUUACGAGUUUGUUACUUUGCGAAUAUAAAUAAAUAAAUAAUAUAGGAUAUUCUUACUAAGUCCUACAGUAAGUUUGCGUUGCGAGUACUCGCAUAAUAACACAUAGAAAACAACCAUGACUCGGGAACAAAUAUAUGUGUUCAUCACACAAACCCUUACUGAGAUUCGACCCAGAAGCCCCUGGCUUAGUAGCUAGUCACUAACCAGUAGGUCAGAUAAGUCGUCAAAAUUAUAUAAGCAACAUUACAAUAUACAUUUAUUCACACUUACAUUGUAUGAUGAUGAUGUCCUUGUAGCUUCAGUAGAGAGAACAGUGGGUUUUCCUUGCUUCCUGUGUAGCGGAAUGAAUCAAGAGGAUCGAUCUGAGGAGCUUAAGUAGUGAAAAUUCACGUGGAGCUAACGCAAUACCUAUAUGAAAUUUGUCAACGUGAUUGAAAAACGCAACUCAGCACUUAGUCGGUGGAAACAAUCAUCGAUUGCAAAUCCCACAACGCAGCAAAAUCAGAUCACCGUGUAUAAUAUAAAACAAAUACGUGAAGGUACUUACCAUAUAUUUUUUUUAUUCAUUAAAUUCAUUUUAUGGUUUUAAUCUUAGAAAAACAGACAAUGUCGCGAUCGGAGCUAGUAUAUUUUAUUUGCUUUAGUGCAUUAUUGCUAACAUCGUAAAUCCAAUCGUAUCUCAAUACAAUGUGAUGUCAUUUUUUUUAAACGUUUGAUUUUGAACUCUAAUAACACAAUAAUUUCAGAUAUAAACCCCCGAAAAUAAGUGAAAAUAUUAUUUACUCUUAUAUAUUCAACGCGAUUAGUUCUACGGAAAAUAUGUCGGAUACAUCAGAACACCUAUUCAACUUCGUUCCUUUGGCAUCAUCCCAAACUCAAAGUCAGAGUGAACGGGAGUCAGGGGUGAGACGUCUGUCCUUGGGGGUCAAGAGGAAGGCAACACCCGUUUACUCGUUUAUCAAAAAACCACAUCGGAAUGGAGGUACAAAAGUCAUCAAAAUAGAAAUUUACGACAGUAACAAAUUGAAUGAGAACUUUGAACAUAUAUGUAAAUGUAAUGCCGAGCUGUGUGCCCAAUAUGUAGUGAAAAAUACGUUAUUAGACCAAGUUUACGAAUUAACGCGUAGAGUAAUUGACAAGAUAGACGAAGGUUUGUCCUCAGAUACGCCACAUGGGUACACCAUCGAAUAAGGGUACAAUUUAAUGUGAUUGUGUAAUAUGAACAUAGUUCUUAAGUUAAUAAACAUUAUAAAAGUA